UGCACCACACCUGUACAAACUAGCAGUCUACUUGGGUUCACUACACCUGUACAAACUAGCAGUCUCCUUGGGUCCACCACACCUGUACAAACUAGCAGUCUCCAUGGGUUCAUCACACCUGUACAAACUAGCAGUCUCCAUGGGUUCAUCACACCUGUACAAACUAGCAGUCUCCUUGGGUUCACUACACCUGUACAAACUAGCAGUCUCCUUGGGUUCACCACACCUGUACAAACUAGCAGUCUCCUUGGGUUCACCACACCUGUACAAACUAGCAGUCUACUUGGGUUCACUACACCUGUACAAACUAGCAGUGUCCAUGGGUUCAUCACACCUGUACAAACUAGCAGUCUCCUUGAGUUCACUACACCUGUACAAACUAGCAGUCUCCAUGGGUUCAUCACACCUGUACAAACUAGCAGUCUCCUUGGGUUCACUACACCUGUACAAACUAGAAGACUGCUUGGGUUCUCCACACCUGUACAAACUAGCAGUCUUUUUGGGCUUACUCCACCUGGAUUUUUUUUUUCUGAACUCAGAGUUGAUGAUGAUGAGGGAUAUUGGAGACUUUCAGAGACCUGGAGUCUCAGCGAUUAUAAAGCUGUAGUCGGUGGGAGGCCCAGUAUCACAGAGGUGGCUGUACAGGAUGUUGGUACGUAUACUGUUGUUGUAUUAAAACCAGAAUUUAACUACGAUUCAAUUAAUUGA